ACCACACAAUGAGAUUUUAAAUGCAUACAUUAAUACUGUACCAUAAUGUACAUGUAUAUGUAUAGUACACUGUAUGCUCACAUUGAGAAAAGAAACACCAUUAAAUGCAAUGAUCAUUGAUCCACCAAUUAACAGUGUCUCAUUGAUCAUUCCAUUUAAUAUGGUGUUUCUUUUCUACAAUGGAGCCAGUUCAAGAGGUUUAUGAUGACAGAGCAGCUGUGAGUAGAAAACAAGAACUAAUACAAACUGUACUGACUGAUGUGAAGACUCAUGAGGUUACCAUAGAAACAAACCUAGCAGACAUGCUAGAGUCAAGAUACGUGAUAAAAACUGAUGAGUCAGCAAAUAAUAAUAAUAAAGAAACUAAGAGAAUUACAAGAGAAGGAGGGAAACUGUUGAAACAAGAUAAUUUUGAUAGUGUAUGUGAGAGUUCACUGGAGGCUAUUGAUGGACUUGAAAGUAUUCAAAGAAUAACAAGAAGUGGAGGAACAGAAUCAUAACAUUAAUAGUAUAGUCUCUAAUUAGCUAUCAU